CCAUUGGUAGCUAACCUAACUAGCUAGGUGGCUAGCUAACUGCUACUGUGCAGGGUAUCAUUGAGAUGGUGCGCUGUGUUCUGAAGAUCGGCGUUGUUUUUCUGUUAAACAGUUCAAUUUUCAAAACAUAGAAAGAUUAGGAGACGAACAGAUUGAAAUGAGAGUUAUUCUGAUAUUUCUUUACAUCCUUAUAUCGGUCCCUGUGAUCAGAGGCACCCUCUCAAAAACAGAUGCCAAAAAGUCUAAAAAAGUGCAGGAGGCUGAGACAGCAGUAGCUGAGCAGCCAGUGCAGGAGCGUGGUCUGGUAGUGACAGAUCCCCAGUGGAGGGAUAUAGUGAGAGAAGAGAAGAGAUACUGCCCUCACACCAUAUCAACACGUCACUUCCAAGGAGCAGUGCUGGGUUACAUCACACCAUGGAACUCUCAUGGGUAUGACAUUGCAAAGCUGUUUGGGCCUAAGCUAACCUCAGUAUCUCCUGUAUGGCUCCAGCUCAGACGCAGGGGGCCAGAGAGCUUCCAUAUUACUGGCUUGCAUGACAAUGAUUCUGGGUGGGUUAAAGCUGUGAGGAAAGCAAACAGGAAAAAUAAAAUAAUACCUCGGUUGUUAUUUGAUGGUUGGUCCUAUCAAGACUUUAUGAGUGUGCUGGACAGUGAGGAUGAGAUUGAAGAAAUUGGAAGAGAGAUUGUUGAGGUGGCAAAGGCUGAAGGAUUUGAUGGCUAUACUCUGGAGCUUUGGAGUCAGCUUGGAGGAAACAAGAGAAAAGAACUGGUGCACCUGGUCACACACCUGUGUAAAUUCCUAAAGGCUGGGAAACUUACCUGUGUUCUCGUCAUUCCUCCAGCUGUCAGUCCUGGGACAACCCAGCCAGGGAUGUUUGGACAGGAGGACUUUGAGAAGUUGGCCCCCUAUGUGGAUGCAUUUAGUUUAAUGACUUACGAUUACUCUGGCCCUGGCAGGCAAGGCCCCAGUUCACCACUGCCCUGGGUGCGAGAGUGUGUGCUGCAGCUUGCUCCACAGAGCCAGUGGAGACACAAGAUCCUGCUGGGCUUGAACUUGUAUGGCCUGGACUUCUCCAGCAACGGGGGGGCUGAGCCCCUCCUAGGGGGCAGGUACAUUGAUCUGUUGAAGGAGGUCAAACCAAAGAUACUGUGGGAUGAGUAUGCAGGAGAGAACUAUUUCAGUUACAGAAGGAGUAAUGCAGUGAAACAUGUAGUCUAUUACCCAACUUUGAAGUCUCUUCAGUUAAGAAUUGCACUGGCAGCAGAACUUGGAACAGGAAUUUCUAUGUGGGAACUCGGUCAAGGCUUGGACUAUUUCUAUGACCUUCUGUGAACUGGACUGGGACCAUUAACACACGUGUACCACAUCCAAAAUGUAACAUCUGUUCAAACACUGAUGUGUACAGUACAUUGUUAUUUAUGACAAUGCCAAUGCUGAGCAUGACAAUAAAAUUAUUUUUAUUAA